GAGCCGUACAGAGCACUCUAACAUCUAAGACAUUACUUAAGAGAGGUAAUCGAGACUAAAACACUUUCAAAAUGCGUGAAAUUGUUCAUAUGCAAGCGGGCCAGUGUGGAAAUCAAAUUGGCGCUAAAUUCUGGGAGGUCAUCUCAGAUGAGCACGGCAUCGAUCCAACAGGAACCUACCACGGAGAUUCCGACCUCCAGUUGGAGAGAAUUAAUGUUUAUUACAACGAAGCUACGGGUGGAAAAUAUGUCCCGCGCGCUGUUUUAGUCGAUUUAGAACCAGGUACUAUGGAUUCUGUGAGAUCUGGUCCAUUUGGGCAAAUAUUUAGACCAGACAACUUUGUCUUUGGCCAAUCUGGAGCAGGGAAUAACUGGGCAAAAGGACAUUACACCGAAGGAGCGGAAUUAAUUGAUUCAGUACUGGACGUUGUUCGCAAAGAAGCCGAGGGUUGCGAUUGCGUUCAAGGCUUCCAGCUUACACACUCUUUGGGCGGCGGAACCGGCUCGGGUAUGGGAACCCUUCUUAUCUCGAAGAUCAGAGAAGAAUAUCCAGACAGAAUCAUGAACACAUUCAGCGUCGUGCCAUCACCAAAAGUAUCAGACACCGUUGUGGAGCCUUACAACGCCACACUGUCCGUCCAUCAGCUGGUUGAGAACACAGAUGAAACAUACUGCAUCGACAAUGAAGCACUCUACGAUAUCUGCUUCAGAACUCUGAAGCUUACCACACCAACCUAUGGUGAUUUGAACCACCUUGUAUCAGCUACCAUGAGCGGUGUAACAACUUGCCUUCGAUUCCCUGGCCAGUUGAAUGCUGAUCUCAGAAAAUUGGCUGUGAACAUGGUUCCUUUCCCUCGUCUUCACUUCUUUAUGCCUGGAUUUGCUCCUCUUACCAGCAGAGGAUCCCAGCAAUACCGUGCACUCACAGUACCAGAGCUUACCCAGCAGAUGUUUGAUUCUAAAAACAUGAUGGCUGCCUGUGAUCCAAGGCACGGACGAUACCUGACGGUUGCGGCCAUGUUCCGUGGCCGUAUGUCCAUGAAGGAAGUUGAUGAACAGAUGUUGAACGUGCAGAACAAGAACAGCUCCUACUUUGUGGAAUGGAUCCCCAACAAUGUGAAGACCGCUGUCUGUGAUAUCCCUCCCCGUGGACUGAAAAUGUCCUCUACCUUCAUCGGCAACAGCACAGCCAUCCAGGAACUGUUCAAACGCAUUAGCGAACAGUUUACCGCUAUGUUCAGGCGUAAAGCUUUCUUGCAUUGGUACACUGGAGAGGGUAUGGAUGAGAUGGAGUUCACUGAGGCCGAAUCCAACAUGAACGAUCUUGUGUCUGAAUAUCAGCAAUACCAAGAUGCCACAGCAGAAGACGAAGGAGAGUUUGACGAGGAAGAAGAGGAAGGAGAGGGCGAAGCUGCAUAAAUCAGAGAAUCGCUUGUUAAACACAGUCGUAAUAUUUUAAUUAAUCGACAGGAAGAAACUAUUAGAUAUCAGUCCUUUAUAAUGAGUCUGUUGUAUCGGAACUCUCCCUAUAGAAAUAUGUACAUACAAUCAUAUAUCGUACUAUCGGGGAGAACUUUAUUUUAGAUUGAAGACAACUUUCUUUUUGUUGUCAUUUGCGUCUUUCUCUCCCGACAUAGCCCUCCUAAACUCCUCUCACACAAAGCAUAGGAGAUUCGCAAAUGGUGAAGGGAAUCUACAGCGGAAUUUUCCCUGCAAAAUCUUAGUUGAUCAGUUGAUUUCUUGGCAUUCAUACCGCGAUAACUCGCUACAAAAUCUUAUUAUAUGAUAACCAGGCCACAAAAUCUUGCAACUAAUGACGUGGUAUAUUUUUCAUCGGCAUUUGUCAUUUUGU